AGCCUCCCACAGCAUCGCAUGUCACUGGAGGAGCAUAAAAACGAACCCAGAAUUAAACUGGCUGUUUAAUUUAAACGAAACUAUGAACGUAAGAUGUGCGUAGGGGAUCGUACGUUGAACAGGUUUGACAUACAAAUGCUGCUCCAGAAUUCAUGUCAAACAGCGGUGACCCGAGUUUGGACUGUACCGGUACAGUGCUGCGGUGCUGGAUGGUCUGUGGGUCCUUUACUGAACUCAUCUACACGACUGGGUUACGACACCCCUGACGGUCUGUCUCCCAGGGAGUGUGUUCACCUGAAGGUACAGUACAGGAAAACCUCUUGGCCAAAUUUCAAUAACAGCUUCCCCACCACUUGGAUGUAAGGCAGAGCCCCUCGGCCUUGGAGCCUGGUUUGGGUGGAGAUGGAGAGGUGGCCAGCAGAGGAGGACCACUUCCCUUUCCAUUACAGCAUGCCCCAAGGCUUUGGUGUACGCAACGAUGAUGGCCCGAACCAUGUGGAGAUCUUCGACAUCAUCAACAUCCACAGCCAUCACCGAGCUAUCUCUGAGACGACUUGUCUGUGCGACAUAUUUGGAGAUGACUGCGAGUCGCCAACUCUGUCCUGCAGCCCAGCCUCAGAUUUCCUCACUAUGAAGGAGGUAGAUGAUUUUACACUAGCAGAUGACUCCAAUAAUGAAUCAUCAGGGUCUUACCACACAGCCGUAUGUUCUGAACAGUUGAGCGAUUCUAGUGAGACCUUUGAAGAUUCUACGGAGACUCAUGCCCCAGCAUCCUCAGACAGUGUGCUGUUAUCUAGUCCAGAAAAUAUAGAUUCUUGCUCUCUCACAUCUACUAGCUUUGAACCCAGCAAUAUUCAAUCUACAGGCACUUCACCCACAUUAGAACACACUGAUUUGCCCCUUCAGUCCAAUGGUACCACUGACCGAAUCAGCCCCUCAAUUCACCCUGGAAAUACUGAUAUAUACAAUUCCAGGAAUUUUGGCCUCCCACAGAACACCACAGCUAUACUUGAAAAAAGGGAAUCAAAUCACUCGCCUAAUCCGGGAUGUCCUAUCCCCUUAGCCAGACUCCAGACUAUAGCCCCAACACUAAUGCACAGGAAUACAUCCUCAUCACUUACACCCAAGAUUACAUCCCCAUCAUGUUCACCCAGGAAUAUAUCUCCAUCACUGACAUCCCAGAUUACAACCCCAAUACCUACACCCAGAAAUAUAUCCCCAUCACUGAGACUCCAGACCACAUCCCCAAUCCCUGCACCCAAGAAUACAUUCUCAUCACUGAGACUCCAGAUUACAUCCCCAUCACCUACACCCACCGAUACACCCCCAUCACUGAGACCCCAGACCACAUCCCCAAUCCCUGCACCCAGGAAUUCAUCCCCAUUAGUCAGUCCCCAGAUAACAUCCCCAUCGCCUACACCCACCGAUACACCUCCAUCACUGAGACCCGAGACCACAUCCCCAAUCCCUGCACCGAGGAAUUCAUCCCCAUUAGUCAGUCCCCAGAUUACAUCCCCAUCAUCUACAUCCACAAACACAUCCCCAUCAUCUACAUCCACAAACACAUCCCCAUCACCUACACCCACAAAGACAUCCACAUCACCCAAAUGUCAGACCACAUCCCCAAUCCCUGCACCCAGGAAUUCAUCCCCAUUAGUCAGUCCCCAGAUAACAUCCCCAUCACCUACACCCACCGAUACACCUCCAUCACUGAGACCCAAGACCACAUCCCCAAUCCCUGCACCGAGGAAUUCAUCCCCAUUAGUCAGUCCCCAGAUUACAUCCCCAUCAUCUACAUCCACAAACACAUCCCCAUCACCUACACCCACAAAGACAUCCACAUCACCCAAAUGUCAGACCACAUCCCCAAUACCUACCUCCAGGAAUAGAUCUCCAUCAUUGACACACAAUAUUACAUCACCAUCACUUAUACCCACCGACACAUCCCCAUCAUCUACACCCACAAACACAUCCAUAUCAACCAAACUUCAAACCAUAUCCUCAGUACCUAUACCUAGGCAUACAUCACUGACACCCCAGAUUACAUCCCCAUCAGCUACACCUACAGACACAUCCCUGUCACUUACAAACACAUCCACAUCACGCAAACUUCAUACACCUCCAAUACCUACACCAAGAAAUGUGUCUCCAUCAUUGGCACCCAAGAUUACAUCCCCAUCACCUACACUCACAAACACCUCCCCAUCAUCUACACCCACAAACAUAUCCAUAUCACGCAAACGUCAGACUACAUCCCCAAUACCUACAUCAAGAAAUACAUCCCCAUCAUUGACAUCCCAGAUUACAUCCCCAUCACCUACACCCACAAACACAUCCCCAGCACCGAGACCCCAGAUUACAUGCCAAUCACCUAUACUCACAAACACAUCCCCAUCAUCUACACCCACAAACACAUCCACAUCACCCAAACUUCAAACCAUUUCCUCAGUACCUAUACCUAGACAUACAUCCCCAUCGAUGGCACCCCAGACUACAUCUCCAUCACCUACAGACACAUCCCUGUCUCUUACAAACACAUGCACAUCACGCAAACUUCAUACAUCUCCAAAACCUACACCAAGAAAUACGUUCUCAUCAUUGACACCCCAGAUUAGAUCCCCAUCACCUACACCCACAAACACAUCCACAUCAUGCAAACUUCAUACAUCUCCAAUAUCUACACCAAGAAAUAUGUCCCCAUCAUUGGCACCCCAGAUUACAUCCCCAUCACCUACACCCACAAACACAUCCAUAUCAUGCAAACUUCAUACAUCUUCAACAUCUACACCAAGAAAUAUGUUCCCAUCAUUGGCACCCCAGAUUACAUCACCUACACCCACAAACACAUCCACAGCACUCAAACUUCAGACCACAUCCCAAAUACCUACAUCAAGAAAUGUGUCCCCAUUACUGACACCCCAGAUUACAUCCCCAUCACCCAAACUCCAGACUAUAUCACUGUCACCCAAGACUAUAUCCCCAUUCUCCAAACUCCAAAGUGCAUUCCUAUCACCUGGACCCAGGAAUGCAUCACCCUCACUAAAGUCCCAGCCUGCUUCUCAAUUACUCACAUCUGGGAUUGCAUUAACCUCAGCAAAACCCCAGACAACACCCCCUUCAGCUACACCCAGUACAGUAUCACCUUCACUGAAAUCCCAGACUACCUGUCCAUCAUCCAGUUUUGGCAAAAUGUCAACAUCAACCUCACCCAAACCCAGCACUACAGCUCUCUCACCCAAGCCUGAUCCUAAGACUACAGGCCUCUCAGCAGAAUCGGGGGACGACACUAACGGAAUCAACCUAUGGCCUGAACCCAGAAAGACUGAUAUCUUGUCCAAACCCAGAAGCCCAUCCUUGUCGCCCAAGACCUGGGGAACAAACUUCUCGCCUGAAUGCAAAGUUACAGCCUCAGCCCAGGAAGACACUCCCUUGUUUAAACAAAACGAAUCUAAUAAUUCAUUUUCUCCUGAACUUUCAGGAUUGAACUUCUCACAUCAACCUUGCAAUACAGACAGAGAUUCACCAGCUGUAGGCCUGGGAAAUAACACCAAACAAAAGAGCUUCUGCUCCUCUGAGUCACAUUCCACUUUGGACACAGUCCUCAACAAAGCAUCUGCAAACAGAGAGAGCAGGCUAAAGGGGGAAAGGAACCACUGCAGCCCUCCUACCUUUGAAGCAGCUGUGAACCCAAACUCGUCAUCCAGUGGAAGUCCCUGCACUGCAGAGCACAACAACUGUCCCUGCAGAGACAGGGGGGAUGAGGUGGGAGAGGGCAACAUGGCUAAGAAUCAGUGGGGCGAGGAGGGGGAGGGUAAGUGGGUAGAGAACUGUUACAGAGAGGAACAGGUUGAGCUGUCAUUCAUUGCCAAGAAUAGAAAAGUCCCUGUAAGCCACAGCCCCCCCGCUACAUACAGACGGCCACAGACGAGAAUGCCAGCUCGCUGUUAUUCAGAGUGUCUCCUCGCAACCCGGCAGCAGCAGCACCAGAACUCUUUCAGACCUCAGCGUUCACAGCACGAUCACCCCAGCGGCUCUAGGAAACCUCAAGUACUGCCAAAGACCGCCGACAGCAGUAAUAUCAACUCUACCCCAGACUGUGCCAGUGGCAGCUCCAGUAUGGGUAGUGAGUUGGAUGAGACGGACAACGAGGUGAAGUGGUUCACAGACUUAGCCUUCAAGAGCCUGUCCACCCCUCAGGUGGACUAUCUGGAUGUGUACAACUCCAGUCACAGGUCCUCCACCAACAUGUCACAGCCAUCUACUGAAGACAGCACCGGUGCUAACGCCUGGUCAGCCUAUGCAGAUCUACGUGGUUCCGUGCGUUACGAAAACGACGAGCUGUUACGCCAGCCGCCCACGGCUUUCCCUUCAGAUGGCCUCAAGAAAGCGAAACGCUUUGAGAUGGGCAGCUUCGAAUGUGUGGAUGUGGCCCUGGAGAGUGGGGGUGAGACUUGCAGGGGUAAAAAGACCGUUCCGAAGAGGCAGAUCCAACUCAAGAAGCGUGACACAUGUGAACCUCCUGCCCAAGAGAACAGCGGGGAUACAGCUGAGGCCUCAUCCACGCACAAAAGACACUCAAAAGAUGUCUUUCUGCGCCAACAUAGCACGCCAGCUGCCGUCGAGGAGGAGUCUUACAAGAGCAAUUCAGACUUGGGAAACAGGAAGCAGAAGCUGCAGAAGUCUGUCUCCUUGGACGAGACGUCGGGCAAGACCAAGAUGGCUACCUGUUUCAUCAAGAAUGUUCUCUCUAAGAAGAUGCAGCAGGAACACAAAGACACGAGCCAGCAGGUACCAUUCCAGAAUAGAGUCAUCAGCCCAUCUGAACCUAUAAGCGAAACUGCUGACACCUCUCAAUCUUCUAUUAAACAGACUAUCAAAACAGAGGUGUCUAGCCUGAGCUCAGAAGUGCCCUCAGAAUGCACCCUAUCCUCAGAAGACCUACCAGGCAACCUUAGCAAACAACCCGAAACCUGCAACUCCAACCCCCAGCAGAGGCCAUCCUGUAAAUUCGAUCUUAAUCCACUUCAGAGCAGCACCGUCAGAUCUGACUCUCAUAUUAACGAUAAAGGGGGAACAGGGAAAAGGUCUGAGCUACUGAUCCCCUUUGAGAAUAAGAAAAACAAGAAACUAAUUUCCAGGGAGGACAUAAAGCAGCUGACGGAUGACAACCUGAGGGAGAAAAACUCCAGUGACUCAGCAAGUGCCAUCAGCAGCAACACAAGCGAGGCUGCCACCCGACCCCCAAGCACGCAGAGCGGAAUGACAAACAGAGACAAGGAAUGCCAUGCCAAGCCAGAUAACCACAAACAGCAGAGUGCCAGGAACAUCUUCACGUCUAAAACACCAGAAAUAACCCUAAAAUCAAGUAUUGCUGGUGAACAGAAGAAGACUUCCAUCAAGGUUCCACCUUUGUCUCCCGGACCAGAAAUAAUGCCAAGCAGGAGUCCUGACAUUCAUUCAGCAAAACGAGAAGGAAAACAAGAAGGAGAGAUUGAAAACCCGACUGUGAAUGAAGCAGGCAGCGGUAUAGAUGUAGAUCCAGGAACAAACAAAACUAAAGGUUCCGUGCACAAAGUAAAAGAUGUGAGAAAGAUGGUAAAAAACACAUACAGCUUAUCGUUUAAGGCAACUGCUGCAACUGCAGAAGACAGCAAUCCCACAGCACAGGAGGAAAAACUGCCUGCACACCCUCCUCCUAUGCAGAUUGAAUUCAAGGCUAUCAGCAGGAAGGAGGAGAAGGCACCAGUUAGUGCUUCUGUGAUUCCGCAGAAAGGCGACAAGGCACAACAAGAGCCAUCCUCUCAGACUAUUCAGGAAAAAGCCAGGGAGACGGCCUCGAUUCACAUUACACCCAGGAACGUUCCCACUGGGGACAUGGCUACCUCAGAGUUACAUGAGGAGACACCUGAUGCGGAGUCGAGUAAAGCUGACCGCCUUGGUGUAUCAGAAUCAAAUAGGCCAGCAGAGAAGCAACAGAAGGAAAGUGAGCGAGCCCCUAAGCUGAGCGGUCCAGCUAAGCUGCCCUGCAAGGACAGAGAGAUAUCUACCCUCAUUUUACUACAGGAUGGGCAAACGAAUGACCCAACAGCCCCACCUCCCCUGAGUCUAACCACCACCAGCAGCAGCCGCUCCGUCUCCAUGCUACUGAAAGAGAACUGCUUUCAAGCUGACAUCGGUCUUUGUGAUGCUCCAAACGGAAGCCAAUUGCCUACACCUAAGCAUGUCAACAGGUUGGAGGUUCCGUUACCAAGCCGCCCAGUGGAAGAUAUUGGCCCUGGGGCGAAGAAAGAGACAAUUUUGGGUUCCACACCAACACGCACUAAUAUCUCUCCAAAACUAGUCCCACCACUGGAGACUAAAGGUGAACCCCUCCAUAAAGAACCUCUUACACCCGGAAAGACAGACAUGGGGAAGAUCAGCCGCAAAUCCCCACUGAGAGAAACACAAGCAGUAACAUCCUUAUCAGCAAUGUCUAGCUACACUCAGCGACAGUCAGUGACAGAAGAAACCCACACCACUAGCUACAUCCAGGAGUCGACGGUGGUCGCGACAUCCAGUAACACUGGUCAACCUGUAGUAACAGUGACAACCAGCUUUAAACAAAGUCCAGCACCUGCCAGCAGCCCACAGCAAUCAAAUAUCGCAAGUACACAGGAGCAAGUUAUGUCAGUGGCAUCCAGCAUAUCAAGAACUACGGCAGCACCCACUACAACACAAGCGCCAAGUUACAUCAAGGAACCGGGAUCAAGGGCACCAAUGCGACAUCAGCCAUAUGUUGACAAAUAUCGCUUUUAUAACUCAGAUGACCCACCAAGCUAUGACGAGAGGGAGAGCUUCAGCCCCCUGCAUUUAACGGACCUGCCUCCCAGGAGGCUCCACCGGUACCAUCCCACCUGCCAAGUUCCUCCAUGUGCCUGCGCUCAAGAGACUCUCUUGAGCUCUGGGCAGCCCAGCCUUCAACCCUCCAACAUAGCUCCUCCUGCAGCACCGCUACUACGUCCGCAAGAUGCGUGCUACCCUCAAGCUGCCCCCCCAGCCAGCCAGCAUGAGCCCGGGUCAGACGUCCAGCCGGUAAACCUCCAGCCAGCAUCACCGCAAGUCACCCAGCCCAGGACUUUGCAGGCUCCAGCCCCAUUCCAGUCUCUGCAGCACCCGCCCGCAGUACCCGCUUAUCCGGGACCACUGAUGCAGCCGCGUCCAGAGGACAGCAGGCAGCCAGGACAGAGGACGGACAGGCAAGUGCUCCACCCCCGCCCACCCCAACAGCCAACACAACUGAUCGGAGGGAGUCCCUAUGGCAGCCACACCCAGUCGCCCACCUCACUGGAAUCGAGACCCCCUUACUUGUCCAGUCCACAGAGCUUCACGGCUUCGUUCAGCCCAGAGUACAGCAGCGACGGCCCUGGAGACAGUGGAGUACUUUACCCUGAGAGUGGCAGUAGCCUUUUUGGACAGAGUCCACGGCGUGUUCUGCUGGACCCCGAAACUGGGAAGUACUUCUACGUUGAGGUGCCAGUGCAGCCGCUACGCAAGAUGCUGUUGGACCCCGAGACCGGCCAAUACGUAGAGGUGCUAAUCCCGCAGUCGGGUCUGUACCCACCCUCCGCUGUCCCCUACCCCUCUCUGCACAGCCCCAGCAUGUAUCCUCCACAGUACAUGCCCUACUCAGUUUCACCUCACCCCCCCACCCAACCACCGCGGCACCCAGAGGUCCCAGCACCCCCAGCUCUCCACCAGACCAACACAAGUUUUGGGAACCCAGGUACCCAGGGCUCAAAACGUGAGUCCCAGAAGCACCCUCCUCUGGAUCAGAGUUACCUGGAGAGCAUGUACUAUGUUCCUACAGGGAUGACUGCAAGCCCGAAUCCCACUCCUCCGGACUUUUAUCACAAACUUCCCCCUCGCCCAAACUCUGAGGGUAAAAGGUCCUAAAAUUUACAUAGAGGUGUGUAAAACACACAAAAUACACGUGGAACAUUAAACUUACAGCAACAGUAUCCACAGCUUGCACUGCGGUAAGUAUUUUAACGCUGUUCUCCCAUAGUCCCAUUGUGUUCCAUUUGUGCUACACGUAUAAUGAUACUAAGGUAAAAUUCAGUCACAUGACUUACCUUAACUAAAAGAAUGAACUGCAAACUGUUAAAAUGCAAUGAAGAAACAGUGGCUUUAUCAGCUAUACAGCUCUUUGGGGUUCUGUUACAGUACAUUUCCUUUAAAAAUGUCCUUGAUGGAAAUGUGGACAUCUCUGUCGUCCGUGGCAGAAAACCAGUACAGGGAUGAAUUUCUGUGCUCUGCUUAAACUCAUGGAUCCUCAAAAGCUGCACUCUGUACUGGGAACUCAAGUUUUUGUAUGUUAAGAUAAUAGUCUGUCCGUGUAGCUUGACUCAAAUGUCGUGCUUAAAAUAGAGAAACCUCCUGCAUUAUCCUUUAGUUGUUUUUAUUUUCUAUGGCGGUCAGGCUGUGAUACGAGCCGCAGUCCGAGGCAGUCAGAAGGGCGUUAGAGAUGGUGUAAUGCCACUGGGCUCUAAGAAAGGCCUAGAAUCCAGGUGUGGUGAUAAUCCUCGUUUCUGAGGAACAGAAGAGCACAACUUCACUAAUCUCUCCAUUCUGCACCAUUGAUUGUGAUGUGUGAACUGAGUGGGUCAGUCCCUGCUGGGAAUUCGGUUAUAAAACCGUUAUAGUUAGAACACAGCCAUUAUUUAAUUUUAUGACAUGGUCAUUACUGGCCCCUAGCAGGGACAAAUGAGAGCUGGGAGUGGGCGGGGGGGGCGCUCAAUCUCCGUUCUGUGCUUCCGGGUUCAGAAGUUGGGCCCGUGUGGUGUGUAACGUGAGGGCCACGUAAGUCAACGGAUCGAGAAUGAGCUUCCUUCUAGCUGCAGCAGAGACCCUGCAGGUGUACUGUGAGUCCAAGGACUGCAGUACCCUGAGACUUUCUGUUACUCUGACAAGGUGGUACAGUCUUCCGUCUCCUCUGAGCUUUCGAUGUUUGUCUGAUCUCUGCGGCGUGAAUGACGACUGUUGUGCACUAUAGACAAAAAGUGAAAAAAAAAAGACUGCAAAUGGUAUAAAACAAUGCAAAAGUGACCACUGUUAAAUUUUGUACACAAUAAAGAUAUUUGUCUUUAUGGA